GGCUCUGUGCUGCUCUGGUGUGUAAUAUGCCAUAUGUGUAAUUAUUGCCCGAUGGGAACCAUUGACGGUUGACAAAUGAUGGUCUCGGAUCGAAGGUAGCACACAGUCAGGCAGUAGUUCCUUUUCGGCUGCUGUCAAAUGUCGUCAUGUUUGUUUCACGCUACGUAUGGUUAGUGGUCGUCGGGAAAUUGUUUUAGAGAGAACGUGAGACGCGGAAAAUCCGGUUUUGUUUCUAUACAAAAAAUAUAAUAUUUCUGCUUUGCGAAAAUCGUAAAAAUAAUAUUAUCAAAAAAAAAAAAAAAAUUUUUAAAUAUAUAACAAAAACCGUCUUGAAAUUUUUGAAAAAAAAAUAAUUGUACUUUAAGGCCCUGAUUACACUUGAGAAAUUGUAUUUUACUAAAAAAAAAAAAAAAAUAUUGUCCUAGACAUAAAAUUAUUGUUAUAAAUAGUUUUUUGUUGUGUCAAAAAAAAGUUACAAGUGAAACUUAACAACAAAUAAAAUAUUGACAGUGCAUACAAAAACGUGUAACAGUUGAUUAAAAAAAAAAUAUAAAAAUACACUAAAAAAUAUUGAAUUGUUAUCAACAAGAAAAAAAAAGUAUUUUUAUACAACAGAAAUAAUAACAAGUGAAUAUUUUGUGUGACACUCUCUCUGUGUUUUGAAACAUCAAAACUUCUGCCCCAAAGGAUUAACUUAAAACAUUGGAUAAACACACAACACAUUCAGCACAAAAAUUUAAAAAAUAAUUAAAUAAGAUAAGAAAAAAUAAUAACUUCAUUGAUAGUAGACAAACUGUCAAAAAAAAAUGGAUUAAAAAACCAAAACAAUUUUUUAAACUGUGGAUUAUUAUAAAUAAUGCAAAUUUUAGUAGACAAAAUUCCCAUGUUUUCGAAACAACAAUCGAAGCGAAAUUUAAAAAAAAAAGAUGAAGAAAUGAAUGCCCAGGGGGGCUCCUCAAGGGCUCCAGCCUUAGGGGGCCAAAUAUCACCACCCGGGGCAGCAUAUACCACAAGUGAACAACAUCAUCUAAUUCAGCAACAACAACAGCAUCAUCAGCAACAACAACAACAAUCAUCACUUCAUCAGCAGCAGCAACAAUUUUUGCAGCAGCAACAAUUUUAUCAACAACAACAUCACUUUCAACAGCAACAACAACACCAGCAUCAGCAACAACAUCACCAACAACAACUGCUGCAUUCGCAGCAACAAAGUGGUGCAAACUUCCAUACCGGUGCCUAUGAUACAGGUUUUAACCAACAUGGUAGUGGUUCUGGUGGUUAUCUAAGUGGCAGCGCUAAUGAUAGUUUAAAUAGUCUAAAGAAUACAUUUGGACCAAAUUCCGAAUUUCCAUAUUCAGCAACUAAUUCAGCGAACGCCAAUAGUAGUAGCAACAAUAACAGUAGUAAUUCAUCCAGCAAUUCAAACAGCAAUAGUGUCCAACAGCAGCAACAACAACAACAGCAACAACAACAACAGCAACAACAACAGCAGCAACAACAACAGCAGCAGCAACAACAACAACAGCAGCAACAACAACAGCAGUUGCAAGCAGAACAACAAUCUGCAGCGACAGCUUCAUCACCAGCGGGCUCAACAUCCGCGCCAUCUGUCGGUAGUUACGGUAAUAUGGUAGCCGCCACCAGCGGCUCCUCUCAGCAAGCUAUGGACACGAUGGGUGGUUAUGGACAGAUGGGUAUGCACAAUAGUAUGCAUUCGGGUGGCAAUGGCGCCGGAAUGAUGGGUGUUGGUGGACAAUCACACCACCCGCAUCAAUAUAUGAACGGUGGAGGUGGUGGUAGUGGUAAUGGUGGCAGUAGUGUCGGUAUGAAUGGUGGACAAAUGCACGGAAACUCUGUGGGAAUGGGUCCAAUGACAGGAUUGGCAGCGAACGGAGCCAGUGCAGGGAUGAUGAGUACUGGUGGAGGAGCAAAUGGUAUGCAAAUUGGCGGCGGCAAUGGCGGUGGUGCGAUGCAAAUGAAUUCAAUGGGACAUAUGAAUGGGAUGUCGUAUAACGCAUCCAGGCAUCAUCAUAUGUCACCAAUGAAUCAAAUGCAAAGUAUGAGCAUGGGCAUGGGUCCAAUGCGAGGUAAUGGUGGUGCUGCUGGGAUGGGUGCUGGUGGCAGUGUAAUGAAUGAUGCCAGCCAAAUGAGUCAUCAAAUGAAUACAAUGAAUCCCAUGGCCAAGAUGCAAGGCAUGGCUAACAAUGGAUAUCCACCACGCAGAAUGGCACCCUAUCCUAAUCCACAAAUGCAUGCGGCACAAAAACGCGCAGCCAUGUAUCCUAUGAAUCAUCAAGCAAAUCCUCAAAAUGUUCCUCAGCAUCAUGCGGCAGCGGCGGCGGCAGCAGCAGCUGCUGGUCAAAUGCAAUACAAUCCACAUCACCAGCACCCGCAUCAUAAUACGCAUCAGCCGAAUGGUGUUCCAGUUCCUAUGCAAGCCGGUUAUGGUCGGACAGGUGGUCAGAUGAAUCCUUAUGGCCGAGGUCCUGGUGGAAUGAUGGGACCAGUUGGUUCGGCAGCGGGUAUGAUGCCUCAGCAGAGGGCAGGUCCUGGUAGCUAUGGUAGUGGAGCACCAAUGGGUGCACAUGCGCAACAGUUUUAUGGUGGAGGUGGUGGCAAUGCAGUCGGUGGUAUGGGACCGAUGGGUGGCAUGGGUGGUGGUAACGGUGGCCCCGCUGGUCCGGGUGCUGGUGCUGGUACACCGAAUGCUUAUCAUCAAAAUGCGCAAGGUUUCCAACAAGAUGUACGGAAUAUGAAUUAUCAACAUAGUCCGGUUCCUGGAAAUCCAACACCUCCUCUUACUCCCGCCUGUUCAGUUCCUUAUGUUAGUCCAAAUCCUGACGUCAAGCCACAAAUUGAUCACAAUGAAGAAAUGCGCUUAACUUUCCCGGUACGAGAUGGAAUAAUUCUUCCGCCAUUCCGGCUAUUGCACAAUCUAUCUGUCAGUAAUCAUGUCUUUCAUUUGAAGCAAAAUGUCUAUAACACGCUGAUAAACAGGUCCGAUUUGGAACUGCAGCUUAAGUGCUUCCAUCAAGACGAUCGACAAAUGAACACAAAUUGGCCGCACACAGUAACGGUGUCGGCAAAUGCAACUCCUUUAGUGAUUGAGCGUUCAGAAAAAACUGGCCAAGCACUCAGGCCAUUGUAUCUUAAGCAAGUAUGCCAGCCGGGUAGAAAUACCCUCCAGUUAACGGCCAGUUCCUGUUGUUGUUCGCAUUUGUUUGUGUUGCAACUAGUACAUCGACCUUCAGUGCGGCAAGUCCUUCAAGGUCUAUUGCGUCGUAAUCUAUUGCCCCGUGAACGAAGUGUAUCCAAAAUUAAGGGCAACUUUGCCAUGGGAAUGUCAGGUUCCACGCCUCCAGCAUCUGCUGGUGAUGCCACCAAUCCCAAUGGUGGCAAUGAUCAUCCACAACAGCCAUUUGUGAAAAUAUCCCUUAAGUGUCCCAUAAUGAAGAGUCGGAUACGACUUCCAGCGCGAGGUCUUGAAUGCAAACACAUUCAAUGCUUCGACUUAGAGGGAUAUCUGUUGCUGAAUUGUGAACGCGGUAGUUGGCGUUGUCCUGAGUGCAACAAAUCAGCUUUGACAGAAACACUUGAAAUCGAUCAAUAUAUGUGGGCGAUUUUGAAUACCCUCAAUAAUGCCGAUGUCGAUGAAGUUAUUAUUGAUUCAUCAGCGAAUUGGAAAAUUGUCCCACAAGGUGCAGUUCCUGGCAUGCUAACUGGUGGUAAUGGUGGUGGGGGGAAUCCCACAUCAACGUCAAAUCUAACAUCGAAUCAAUCGAAUAGUUCUACGCCGAAUAUAAAACAGGAGCACAUCGAUGAUAUAUCGAAGGUGAUGUCACCCGGUUCAACGACGCUCCCAACUUGGGAUAAUUCACAAGCGAUGAGUCCGUACAUGAGUCAUGAUAUGAAUUCAAUAGCAAAUGGAAAUAUGAUGGGACAAAGUUGUAAUGCCAGCAGGAAUUCCUAUGAUGCGUACAGCGGGAAUGGAAAUGGCGGUAGUGGAAAUAAUGGUGGCAAUGGUCAAAGUGAUACAUCCGGCAAUGGAAAUGAUUCAUUGGCACAUUUGAGUGAAUCGGUGAAUUCUCUCGAUCAAUUAAAUGCCAUGGAGAAAUCUUUAAGUGAUCAGAUGCCCCACACGCCGCAUACACCGCACACUCCUGGCGGAUCUGGUCACCCGCAUACACCCGGUGGACCACCAAGCGUCAGUUCUGCGCACAAUGAACCCUCGAAUAGCAGCACGAAUAACAGUAAUUCAAACAACAAUUCUAACAAUGGCAGCAAUAACAACAGCCAAAAUGGAAUUGGAAGCUGUCACAGCUCCCCACAGCCAGGUACACCAACAAAGAUGCCUGGAAGCAAUGAUAAUUCACAUCAUCAGCAACAGCAGCAACAACAACAACAGCAAAGCCAUCAGCAAAUUAUCAAUUCAUUGAUAAAUUCGCAAAACGAUAUGGUUAACUUAAAUGACAGCGAUUUAAAUGCAGAGCUGAGCAGUUUCGAUCCGUCAUCGGUUAUCGAUAACGAAACUGCAAAUGAAUUGAAUCUCCUUUCGGACAGUGUAGUUGAUCCAAUGGAGAUUCUAUCAUAUCUAGAUCCCCAACCGGAACUUAAUACCCCGCCAUCUAGUGGAUCUAGCAAUAAUCCCAAUCAAGAUGAUAUACUAGCAUCCCUAUUUGAUUAAGGUCACUUAAAAUAAAUAACUUUAAUUCAACACACAAAAACACAAAAAAAGAAAAUAAAUACAAACUGGUUAUUAAAAAAUAAAUCCCUUGUACAUAAAAAGGAAACUUUUUUUGUGUAAAUAGUAUUAUUAAGCGAAAGUUUUCAAUAACAACAACAAAAAAUAUUGUUCCAUGAUUUCCUUUUAAACAGAAAACAAAAAAGUAUAUAUAUAAGCUUUUCCGUUUGAACUUUUGCACUCAAACUGAAAAGCUACCCAAAAAUUGUGAUGUAAAAAUCAAUUUACUUAUAGUAAAAAAAAAUUAAAAAUAAAAAAAAAAUAUGAAACUAUAUUUUGUAUGAAAACUGUGGCAUUAUUAUGAAUUUUGUUUUCUUUUUAUUCUGUACAUUUUUUUGUAUUACUAUAGUUAGCUGAUUAUUAAAAAAAAAAAACUACGAAUUCCUCAACAACAACAAGAAAAAAAAUCGUUCUUAAAAAAAAGCACAACGCAAAAGUAUUCACACACACACAAACAAAACAAACAAGAAUAAAAAAUAUUUGUCCUGUUUAAUUAAUUUACAAUUAAAUUUACAUAAGACUGUUCCUAAAUUGCAAUUUUAAUCAUGCAAAACUUAUUUAAAACAACAACAUAAAAAUAAACAAAAUUCUACCGCAAUCUGAACAAAAUUUUAUAUUUUUGUUACAAUUUUACUUACAGAAGAUGGAGGGAUGAAAAAAAUUUAAAAUGUGUAAAAUAUUUUUUGUUAAAAAGAAAAAUUAUAAAAAUAGUAAUUGAAAAGUGUUUUACAUUUUUUUCUUAUUUUUACAUUAAAUAGAAAAUAUUUAUACAUUUUUGAACAAAAAAAAAUUAAUCUAAAAAGUUUAGAAAGAAAAAGAAAAAAAACAAACAAAAUAUUGUACAAAGUAUUAAAACAACAUUUUUUUUAUUAGAAACUAGUUUAUAUAUUGUUGCAUAUUUUUAAAUAUAUUUGACAGAACGAAAAAAUUAAACAAAAAAAAGUAAACCUAUUAACGCGUAAGAUGUAAAAUUUAUUAAAAAAAAAAUUUAAAAAAAAAGAAACAAAAUGCAUAAAAUACAUAUAUAUUUUUUUGUUUUUAUUUUUUAAUAUUAAGAAGAGAUAUUAAAAUAUUGUAGUGUACAUUUAUGAUUAAAAACAAAAUAAAAAAUAAAUUGUAAUAAGAAUAAAAUUAAAUAAAUAAAAAUAUAUCCCAUAGAAUGUAAACCAGAUAUAAAUAUAAAAAAAACAACACAACAACUAAACUUAAAUAUACAUAUAGAAUAAUUUCUAAUACAAAAAGAUGUGAAGAAACAAAAUAUAAAUUUAAAAAAAAAAAAACAACAACAUGAAGAAAAUAUUUUUAAUUCCUAAACAAAAAAAAAAAAAAAGAAAAUAAAUAACAUCAUCAACUAAAUGUUAUCAAUUUCUAUUAUGAUUUUAUUAUUAUUAUAUUUUUUUUUCUUUUUUUUUAAUUCUUUGCAUAUUUUUUUAUUUUGUUUUGUUUUGUAUAUUGUUUACAUAAAAAUAUAACACAAAACAGGAAAAGAAUCAAUAUAUGAUUAAUAUAACUAAUUCAAGCAAAUAAAUUAAAAUAUUUAUAAUACGAAAAUGGAUCAAAGUUUUAUUUAUUUCUUCAUUUUUUUCGCACUUAUUUUGGUUAAAUUUUUGUUUUCUCCCUUUCAUCGUUUAUUUUUUUACUCUUUGAGCUUUUCUUUAAGUUCACUUUUAAACAUUAAAUAUUUUCUUUAGAAAUCUACAAUCCCUAACCGCUAGAAAAGAGGAGUAUAGAAAUUUUGAAAUAUAAGUGAACAGGAUAACCUUUAUUGUAAUUUGUUAGAAUGCACUUUCUUCCAAAUAAUAAUGUCCAAGAAAUCAGAAAUAUACAGUAAGUUCAAAACGGCUUUAAAAUGCUUGCAGAAGAUUAUGAAUUUUCAGUUAAUUUAGAAGGAAGUUUUUCAAAUGGAUGAACUAUUAAAGUGAGUUUAGAAUAGGGACAUCGUGAAUUUGCAGGAACUUUCUUCAAAAAUAAUAGGACUAUUCCACCAACAAUCAUUUAGCUCUUUUUCCGUACUUCAAACAAAUAAAAUAUACGAGCAACUAAAAAAGUUAAACUUCUGGUCUCUAAUUGGUUAGCUUUCAAAAAAAAUCUUUCCAAUUCAAACAAUUUUACUGGAUACUUGACAGAAAAGCUAGUCAGGAAGAACCUUUCUAACUCGUUUUAAAAAUAUUGCUUAUUUCCUUACAGAAAAUGGCGUUGACUAAAUAUUUAGUUUUUAAUGUUUUCUGAAAGUGACCAAACUUGGAGUUUUAUGGUUUUUAAACUUUUGCACACUUAGCUUCCAUUUACCGUUCAGCCAAGAUAAGCACUGUCGUAAAAAAACAGAUAUGACAUACGUAAUGUAGCAAAUUCGUUUUUUUUUUGUCAACAACUCGCACUAAUGUUUUACCCAGUUGAUGAUCUUAAUGAAGUUAACAUCUAACUGGAGAGAAAGGCAUUGUUUGAAAGUCUAAGCACGCUGACCUUUUAUGAUAUGCCUACUUUUCGUUCGGGAUCAAAAAGCUUCUGAGAUUUUUUUCCGGAUUACGAACCCAAAAAGGUUUUAUACCGCAAAAUAUUGGUUCCAAUUCAAAUGAAUAUCUUUGACUUAUAUUUUCGAGUUUAAUUAAAGAAAGUUACAUCGUCUUCAAAUUUUAAAUAAUGAUUUGAAAAUGUGAAUUCUUCCAAGCGAAUCCUUGAAUCCGUUAGAUCCACUUUUUUUAAUAAUUACUAUGACUUAGUAUAGGCGACUUUAAGAUUUUUGGAAACUAAAAGCAUGUUCCACAAGUUAAGGUUUAAGCCUUCACAUACUACUUCCUAUGAGUCGAUAUACUAUUCGAGUUGAGCAGAGUGUAAAAUGGACCUUUUAAGAAAUCCAGUCAGUAGUAGAUAUGUAACUACUUUAGUUUGAAAGCAAUAUUAUAAUGCAUUAUAAUUUUGCGCACUAGCUGUGACAAAAAUAUGUUUUAGGAGAGCAAUAUGUUUUCCUACGAGCAAAAGUAUAAUUUCCUUGUUAAAUUUGAAUAUGAACAUGUCUACAACGAAAAAAUUACUUCUUAGCUAUCUUAAUUUUUAUCAAUACAAUUUAAUAGCUAUUAUUGGAUUACUUUUUAAAUUGAUUACAAGUUUACAUACACUUUUACAAGAUCCAAUUUAAAGGUGUUAAAAGGAUUCUCCUCGAAUUCCUAUUAAAAUACAUUCAUUACAGUUCAGAUUGAAGCAGAAGGAAUUAUUUUUAAAUAAAGCAAUUUGUAUGUUGACUGCAUAAAAUCUGCGUCAUAGGUUUUAUUGGUGAGAAAACUAACUUGAUACAGAAUUACUCAUUACCUUCUACAGUUUGUUAAAAUCUUAAAAACUAAUACUGCAAUUUCUAUUUAAUUAUUUUUGAUAAUUUUUUUUAAUUUCUAGUUUAUUUAAGUUUUUUUUUAUUGAAAAAGGACCAAUUUUACCAUUUUAUAUACACCACCAAUUAUUAAAAAAACAAAUAAGUUUUUCACAAUAUUUUAUAAUUACACAUUUCAAUAUAAACAAUUCCCAAUUUAAACCAAACGCAAAGCUAACAUUAAAACAAAAAAAUAAUCUUAAAACGCAUUAAAUAGAUGUUGCUUUUAAUGAAAAUAAAAAAAAAAAUAAAACAAACAAAAAGUGCAUAGCAAUUCCUUAAAUCAAAUUCAAUCUUUAUAAAACAAAAGAAAAACAAAAACAACAAAGAUUAGUAAAUAAAUUAAAACAAAAUAACUUUUACUCUUAUAGAUCCAUUUUUUUCUAUACUAGCUUAGUAGAUAAAGGCAUUGAAAAAUAAUUAAAAAACAAUCGGAAUUUUAAAAAAUAAUCUAAAUAAACAGAAAUGUAAAAAAAAAAAAAACAAAAAUAUAUGUACAUUCUAUUACAAAUUAAA